ACUAUUCCAAUAACUUUGUCCUGUUGUGAAAGAAUUUGGAAGUUUUGUAGAUUGAUGUUUCUUAUUCAGUUAAAUGACAGGGAAUGUAUUUCAUUAAAAAGUUUUGUUGGUUUUCUUGUUGGGUUUCCUUUGAAAUUGAGGUGUAGGUGAAGCAAAGUCAUCAUGACUUUCCAAAUUGAGAGCGAGGAAGCAAUAAAAAAGAAGGGAAGAACUGUUGCCAUGGUUGUUUGUUGGUUCCUUGGAAAUGGUUCUCUAAUUGCAUGGAAUAGUAUGUUAACUAUUGAGGAUUAUUACGUUAAAGUGUUUCCGAGGUAUCACCCAACAAGAGUACUUACUAUUGUUUAUCAGCCUUUUGCCUUUGUUACUGUUGCAAUACUUGCAUAUAAUGAAGCAAAGCUCAAUACCAGAAAAAGGAACUUAUUUGGCUAUACCCUAUUCUUUAUAAGUACAGUGCUUGUGAUUAUUUUAGAUUUGGCAACCUCUGGAAGAGGAGGGAUAGGAACCUUCAUUGGGGUAUGUGUUCUUAGUGCAGCUUUUGGUAUUGCUGAUGCUCAUGUUCAAGGGGGCAUGGUUGGUGAUCUUGCUCUUAUGCAACCUGAGUUCAUUCAGUCUAUGUCCUUUAGCAAAGAUCAUCUCGUCAUCUGGGAUUCGUUGUCACUGUUACUCUUACUCUUAGGGGCUGUUUGGUAUGUUCUUGUGCUGAUUACAAUGUAUAAUGUGUUUGAUCUCAUUGGAAGAUACACACCUCUUAUAAAAUGUAUCUGUAUAGAAUCUCGAAAAGGCCUUAUGAUCGCCAUUCUUUCUCGUUUCUUAUUCAUUCCUGCAUUCUACUUCACUGCUAAAAAGGGAGGGCAAGGCUGGAUGAUCAUGCUAACAUCAGUGUUGGGGUUGACUAAUGGCCAUCUGACCGUUUGUGUUCUCACCACAGCACCCAAAGGCUAUAAGGGGCCAGAGGCAAAUGCUUUGGGAAAUUUGCUUGUUGCAUUUCUUCUUGGUGGCAUUUUUUCAGGAGUUACAUUGGAUUGGCUAUGGCUCAUUGGCAAAGGCUGGUGAUAUUAUUGAUCAGAUAAUGUAGUUUCAAUCAGAAACUACUCUGUAUCCUCAAAAUAAAGAGGAAUUAUCAUAUCAUUGUGUUUCUAUGAUAAAGAAUGGAGCUUUUAUUGUUCCCAAUUUAAAGAAAUGGAGAUGUGGAUGUGAAUGUAUUUCUUGUAUCAGAUUUCUCAGAUUACAAUCAAAAUGUGAUUAGUUUGUUAUACAAUACCACAUUUUAAGCUGCAGCUAUUAUUCAUUUUAGUAUUCUCAUUUCAAAAUUG